CUAUUCCCGCCCGCUCGCGUGCCUUUACCUCCCAAAAGCGCCGCAAGUCUUCGAAUAAACCUCCCUUCAACCCCGCAUUCUUUGCUUCCUUGUUCCUCACGCCUCCUCUGCUGCUGCUUCGUUCGAGCUCUCGAACGACGGCCUCCCUUUCGGCUUCCGAAGAUAGCUGUUCUCGGCAAGGGGCCUUGUUCUUCCGGUGGUGUUCGUGCGUGGAUUCGGUGGCGUGGGUGGAUGAUGGAGAUGUACGAGCUGGUGAAGGACAUCGGAUCGGGCAACUUUGGGGUCGCGCGGUUGAUGAGGAACAAGGACACGGGCGAGCUUGUUGCCAUGAAGUACAUCCCCCGAGGCCCCAAGAUCAACGAGAACGUUGCGAGGGAGAUAAUCAACCAGCGGUCGCUGAGUCAUCCCAACAUCAUCCGUUUCAAAGAGGUGAUGCUGACGCCCACGCAUCUGGCAAUCGUGUUGGAAUACGCCGCCGGCGGAGAGCUCUUCGACCGCAUCUGCCACGCCGGAAGAUUCAGCGAAGAUGAGCUGCGGCGUAUGCAGGCGAGAUAUUUCUUUCAGCAGCUCAUCUCCGGCGUCAGCUACUGCCAUUUCAUGCAAAUCUGCCACCGGGAUCUGAAACUGGAGAACACCUUGCUCGACGGCAGCCCGGCGCCGCGCCUCAAGAUCUGCGACUUCGGUUACUCCAAGUCGUCGCUGCUUCACUCCCGCCCCAAGUCGACGGUGGGCACGCCCGCAUACAUCGCCCCCGAAGUCCUCUCGCGGCGUGAGUACGAUGGCAAGAUGGCUGAUGUGUGGUCCUGUGGGGUUACUCUGUACGUGAUGCUCGUGGGAGCAUAUCCCUUUGAAGACCCAGAAGACACCAAGAAUUUUAGGAAAACCAUGACGAGGAUCAUGUCAGUGCAGUACACAAUACCCGAGUACGUCCAUAUUUCAAAGGAUUGCAGGCAACUGCUCUCCGGGAUCUUUAUGGCCGACCCAUCGAAGAGGAUAACGAUUAGGGAGAUAAGGCACCACCCCUGGUUCUUGAAGAACUUGCCCAGGUCGCUGACCGAAGCAGCACAAGCUAUAUACUACAAGAGGGACAACACUGCGCCUACCUUCUCUCUUCAGAGUGUGGAUGAGAUAAUGAAGAUUGUUGAGGAGGCAAGGAUAACUCCGGGCUCGCCUGCUCCGGCAGCAGGCUUUGCCUGGGCCAAGGAGGACGAGCUGGAGGAAGGCAAGCACGAGAACCAAGAGACUGGAGUGGAAGAAGAGGAAGACGAUGAUGAGUACGAUAAGAGGGUCAAGGAAGUCCAUGCCUGCGGAGAGUAUCCAAUCAACUGACGGCAGCAACUCAUCUUAUCUUAUCUUACUAUAUAUACAUAUAUAUAUAUAUACAGAUAUUGGAUUUCCCAAUUAAACUUAUUGGAAUUCCUGCUGGUUAUAGAAUAUAAGGAGGAUGUUUGUAUACUCGAUACUUAGAUUAUGAAAGCCAAUGUAAUUGUCUUUUCUUGUAACAUAGAAAUUUGCCUGAAGCAAGUGAUCUCUA